AUGUUGAGAGAAAUUCGUGAAGUGGGAAAGAUGUUUCUCUUGAUCAAGGGAAAGGACAAGGAAGCUAUACGAAAAAGAUUGAAGAGUGAAAUCAUAAAUGCAAAAGUUUUUAACACCCUUAAAGAAAUUCACGGAAAGUCAUACGAAGCCUUCAUGAUGAGCAAGCUAGUUCCAGUGCAAGGGGAUGUUUGUGCAACUAAUCUAGGCAUUGAUGCUGAUACAACUAAUGAAAUUGCCAAAGAAAUUGAUGUGAUUAUAAACUCAGCAGCCAAUACAAUUUGGGAUACAAGGUAUGAUGUUGCUAUCGACAUAAACACGAGAGGACCUGCACGUGUCUUAGAAUUUGGGAAGGAAUAUUGCAAGAAACUUAAACUUUUCUUCCAUGUUUCAACUGCUUAUGUUAAUGGGAAAAGACAAGGAGUAAUCUUGGAGAAGCCUUUCUGCAUGGAACAAAGCAUUGCAACCAGAGACACAAUCACCUCAAAAACCCAAGCAAUCUCUGUCCCUUUUUUGGAUAUCAAUGCUGAAAUCAAGUUGGCUUCUGUUGCAGUAGAAUCUAUUGAGAAAAAUGCAGAUCAAAUCAUGAGUGAGUUGGGGAUGGAAAGGGCGAGAAUCCAUGGAUGGUGUAGUACUUAUGAAAUGACCAAGGCCAUGGGUGAGAUGCUAAUACAUAGCAUGAGAUUAAAUAUACCUACUGUCAUCAUCCGUCCAAGCAUGAUUGAGAGCACCUACAAAGAACCUUUCCCCGGAUGGAUCCAAGGAUACAAGGUGCCAAUCUUAGCAGCUUAUGGACAAGGUCAGCUGCCGGGCUUUGUUGGAGACCCCAUUACAAUUGUAGACAUUGUUCCUAUGGACAUGGUAGUGAAUUCAACUUUGACAGCCAUAGCAAAGCAUGGGAUUGCUGAAAAACCAGAACUACAUGUUUACCACGUCGCCACAUCCGUCGCGAAUCCGCUUUCCUUUUCUGAUUCCUUCAACUACGCUUAUGAUUAUUUCUCUUCCUCACCCUUAUUCGACUCAAAAGGGAAGAAAAUUGCUAUCAGUCCCAUGAAGUUUUUUGACUCAGUGGAUAGCUUUUCCGACUUCAUAAAGAAUGAAGUAUCUCAACGAAGUGGACUUACACCUGACCAUAAUGUUUGCAUGUUAGAUCCCAAACUGUAUCUUCGAAUGCAAGUGGGAUGUUUCAAGGCAGUGCAAAGAUUUAUGCGUAUCGCUAAUCUAUACAAGUCCUAUAUGUUUUAUAAAGGAAGGUUUGACGUUACAAAUACCAAGAAAUUAAUUGAAGAAAUGUCCAUUGAAGAGAAGAAGAAGUUCGAUUUUGAUAUGGAAAGCAUAAACUGGGAGCAUUAUAUCAAAAGCGUCCACAUUCCUGGGGUCAGGAGGCAUCUUCUUAGACAGCCUCUUGUUGCAAAACUCAAAUCUAUCUCUGCCACCACAACAAGAAUCGGUGGAAGUUUCAGGGUGGUUAGUGGUGGUGUUUGUGGACCUAUUGGCCACGCAAUUGGAUGCUCUCUAGUGCUACCAAUAGGCAUGGCCAAUGACGUGAACUUUUUCAUCGUUACUCUUGUUAACAAUGGAUUUUCAGGUAGUUCCAAAUGUGACUUACUCGGCUUGUUCGGUAUGAAUCCAGGAUGUAUGGCUAUCCCGCUUCUUAGACGUAAUGGCUUGAUAUCCUCAAGUCCAGCUCGAGCUGCUACUUGA